UCUCUUUUUUAUUCUUUUGUAUUUUGAUGCCCACAGCUACAAACAACACUCUUCCUCGGGGCUUUUUGUUGUCGCAAAAGCCUAUUGUGUUAUGGAUACACGAUCCAGGAUCCACUUAUAACCAUGAUGCUGUUGUCAAUCCCGAGAUGUUUUCAAACUUUCGGGAUGGGCAACUUUUACGGAUCCACUGUCCCCGUACUGCUUUACAACAACAAACUCAACAAAGCCAACAGCAACAGCAGCAGUCCCAAACAAACAAUAACUUGAAACAAGAUCAAGAUCCUAAAAAGCAUGAUCAUGUCAGCCCUUUGCAACAAACACAAUCUCAAUCUCAAGCACAACAGCAACAAUUGCAACAAGCACAACAACAAGCACAGCAGCAAUCACAACAGCAACAAGCACAGCAGCAACAGUCAGAGCAGUUACAACCAUCUUUUGAUGAAUAUAAAGAUAAUAUACCUAAUCUACAGCUUGACUCUAUUAUUGUCAAAGGACAUGCUGCUGACAAAGAAAGUUUAGCUAAACAACAACAACUUCAGCUUUCAAUUUCAAAAGACAUUGCAGAUAGAUUUAACUUGAGAUCAAGGCAAGAAGUCUAUGUUGAGCUGAUCGACCCACUUCAAGUCGCUUUAGAUCAUGUUGAACUUGCAUUUAAAGAACAAUAUCUUGGAAGAAGUGAUAUGUGGCGACUUCAACAAAAUCUGAAAGGGACAUGUGUUUAUCAUGAAAAAAAAAUUCUAUUUGCAGGCGCCAUUAAGGCAACUGUCAAAAGGCUGUUUACAAAUGAUGAGCAAAUGACUUCUGGCUACAUUACAGAAACAACAAAAAUGAUAUUUCGAUCUGCUUCAGCCAAGUUCUUUUUGUUUAUUCAAAUGUCAAGGGAGAUGUGGGAAUUUGAUGAAGAUGGUGAACUCUACUUUGAAAAAGCUGUAAGCAACUUUUUACCACAUCUUUUUACUCGUUGGAAAGACGAAGGAACAAACCAUGUUGUGUCUAUUGUGCUGUUUACGCGAAUUUAUUAUGAAUCCAAGAUUGAUGAUCCUUUAAUUAACCAAACUACAGAUGGUCGAUACUAUAAAGAUUUCUAUAAAGUAUUAGCAGACUGGGAAACAACAGAUGAUUGGAUGUCAAUUAUAGGGCCACUCAAGAAAGAGCAGCUUAAUUUUCAACCAGAUGUACUCCUUCGCUCCGAAGAUGGACGCAAAGUAGUCAGUGGUCAAAUAUCCUUGGCCUAUGAUGGAAAUGUGUUAGAAGCAAUCAAUUUGGCUUUAAAUCCAUUCGAUAAGCACUAUGUAGACAGAGAUCUUAUGCGUACAGGUUUAUCUAUCAUUUUCAUUACACCUGGUGUAGGCAAAUUCGCUGUCAACAAAAAACUGUUGCGACUGACAAAUGAAAGAAUGACAGAUAAUGGUAUAGCCAUGGAUUUAGUCUGUUUAUCGCCCCUACCACUCCAUAUUACUCCAUUGAUGUCUUAUAUGGAUGCACCUCAGACAGGAGAAACAGAAUUGAAUACAUCUUUAGAUACAUUAGCACCUCAAAGAAAACCUUUUUUAGCAGGCAAUUCCCCUGAAAAGGCUGUCAUGUACACUGGUUCGAAUCAAAAAACUGGCUAUGUUGAUCCUCUUUAUCGAGACUCGGAAGAUGCACCUACUCAGAAAUACUAUGCAGUACCUCACUGGAUUGACUGUAGCUUUUAUCAUCAUGAAACAGGCCGCUUCUUGAAACAAGACAAGUUCAAGACAAGAUGCAAAAUGUAUGAACUUCAAAUGAUGGGCAUUAUGGAACAUGAUUUACGAGGUGUUUCUGUUCCUUAUCUGAUUGACUCGAAAGCAUGCAAUCCUAACAGAACGAAUAAGCAACAAAAAAGCAGCAGUAGUAGUCUAAAUGAGAAACCGCAAGAAGUCAAAUCAGGUUCGCAAACAAGCAAUGGUGAAACUUAUCUUUCAAAGUCUGCCAACAUGUCGAGUAGUAUGCGACGUCCUUCUUUUUUUACAACGACAGCCGACUCAAAGCAACAACAACAAAAACAGAGUUACGUAUUUGAAAGAUCAACAGGUCAUUAUGAAAACUAUGAUAGUUCUCUUUUCAAGACAACAUCUGAGCCUCGAUUUAAUAAGCGUCCUUUAUCCGGUCCACCACCUAAUGCAUCAAAAAUAACCAAAGGAAUUCAUUCUUCCAAGAACUCAUUCGACAGUCCUGAAAAACCUGAGAACAUAAAUAACGAUACUUGGCAAAACGUGAAUGCAAGGCAUAAAUCAACAACGACUUGGCAUCAUCCUGGAGAACAGCGUCGUAUUCCUUCUGUCCUGUCUCAUUCUCAACAAUUUGGUGGUAAAGGACCUUUUGACACGAAUAAUGUGCCUCCUCGCAAAGAGGACAGAAAUAUGUGGGAUUCUUUUAAGGCUUCACCUACAUUCAAUGGUAGGGAAGAAGCAAACUAUAGAUUUCGAUCUAUACGUAGAGGUACCAUGAAUAGUAUGGAUGGUGGCAAAUAUAACAAUAUUGCCCUGCAACAACAAAACCAUCAUUUUCAUGCACAACAACAGCAUUCACAGGCACAACAGCAGCAAGUACAACAAAUGCAACAAGCACAAGCACAGCAGCAGCCACCAUCACAAGAAAAACAACAAGCACAAGGACAACUGCCAUCGCAAACACCACCACAAUCCCAACCUCAACAAAGCUUACAAAUCACAAAUGCGAUUAAUACUGAGGAAGAUGAAUAUGCUGUUGUUAGUUCAAGCACGGUUGAUCCUGUGCCUAUUAAUAACAAAGGACUAAGUAGCCGCUCUGAAUUCAGCAGAAAGCCUCUGAACCAUUCACCACGACAGGGCAUGAUCUCUGGCAGUCUUCCCUCUAUCCACAAACAAUCUGGUAAUAGCGAUCUUAUGCGUACAAGCUUUGGAGGCGCAGGAGCAAAUAACAUGAAUCGAUCAUCGCCUUCACACAACUUUAAUCGAUGCAAUCCAUACAAGCAUAUGUUGUUUAAUCCUUGCAACCCUAUUGAAAACCAAAACUUGUUUACAUCUCAUCUAAGACGCUGGCAGCAUGCUUUGCCUAAAGCCAAACAACAAGAUGGACCUGUAGUUCAUUGGAAAUCAUUGACGACGCCUGCUUGUUUGCCCUUAACUACAGAUUAUUUCCCCUCCAACGAAGAACUGGCUCGACGAUAUAACCAUUAUAUGUACACAGUAUCUGCGAGUGAAGAUACCAAUUUAUAUCAAGCAGGUGAUCGAAACUUGUCUGAACACAAAAAGACAGAGAAUCUUUUGAUUGAAAUGUUAAGUCAACGGUUAGCUCAAGGUUUCCAAAUCAUUGUGGAUAAUACCGGAAGCUCUACAUAUUCUAAGCCCAUGGCUGUCAAGGGAGAUAGCCUGAUUUCUGCCUUGGGUGGAGGCUUAAAUAAGGAUGGCUCAAGUGCAUCUGCUGUAGCUAAAGAGGCAGAUAAUAUCAUCACCAUGAUGAGAUCUAGCGGAAGUCCAUCGAAUAAUAAUAAUGCAGCCACCACACUGGCUACAACCAUGGCUAUUGGCGGAAGCACUAAGCUUGUGUCUACAGGCGGAAAUAAUGUUCCUGCUGUUGGAAAGACAAACCAAGAUGAGGAGAAAUCGAAAUGGAAGAAUAUGAUUUGGUGGUUAUCUAUGGGUCAUCAAGUCCAUCAAUUGACAUUUGAUUCGUCUGGUCAAAAUGUGGAAGUGCGUCGUUAUGUUCAAAUGAUUCAAUUUGAUGUAAGCAAAGUCAAUUACAAAUGUGCUAUUUGGCCAAAGAAUAUGCCUACCUAUCGGCCCAAGAAUAUUGUAUUUAAUUACCCUAGUCUGUUGUAUGCAUGGAACUACCUUGAUCAUCUUGUGGCAGGUUAUCAAGAAGAGCUGACUGAUAAUUUACGUUUCUGGAGAGCGCGGUUUAUUGUGAUUCCUCGAGAAACACUUCCCAAUAACAUUACCUUUACGGGUGCUUUACACGAUCAUUUAGAUGAAGAAGAAAAGCGAAUUGCGCUGUUUGAGUCUUGGAUUCAAAAUAUUCGAAAAGCCAAAUGGCUGACGCCCGAAGAACGAGAGGAGCUGCAAAAAAGACGUAAAAAAGAAAUUGGUUUCUCUGAUCUAGGUGUCAAGCUAACAACCAUGGAUCCUUCUGCUUAUGUCGCAAGUGAUGUGAUGAAACUAGCUAUGUUUAAUGCUAUGCAAGACUUAAAAUCUCACAACAACCUUCUGUCUUCCAUUAUCGUUGGACAAGGCUUGACGCGCGAUUCCAAAUCUCGGGAUAUUGCACUUGCGUUACAAGAUCCUAAAUCUGGGAUCAAAAUCAUGGACCGUCGUUGGCAUUUUAGAAUAUUCAAUGAUGUCUUUACAGGCACAGAAUUCGUUGAUUGGAUUAUUGCUCAGAUUGAGGACAUUUCUACUAGAGAACAAGCAGUUCAGUUUGGUAAUAGCCUAAUGCAACGCAAACCACCUUUGUUUAUUUCAGCAACCAAGCGACAUAACUUUUUAGACGGCAAUUACUUUUAUGCUCUACAUGAAGAAUUUGCUGUCGAAAGAAAGAAAUCAAAGUUGGGUCGUAAAGCAUUUAUGGGUAAUCAUGAUUUAGCCAAUAAGGAAAGAGAGCACAGUGACCAUACACUGCACCAAGUACCCAGCAUACAGUCCACCACGUCUGUCAAGCGCAUCGAAUUCCCCAUGUCUCGGUCGAUGAUCAUUGAUGUUGACCCGUACAAAAAAAGUGACCGUCGAGAAACGGCUAUUCUACAUUAUGACACUAUCCACAAUCCCAAUAACUGUUACCACUUUCAAUUGAAUUGGUUAGGUUGCACAGCCCAACUUGUUCAAGAACUCUUGCAGAACUGGAGUAGACAAGCAGAACGGUGUGGACUCAAACUUGUCGAAGGUUCAGUGGAUCAGGCUUAUGAGGACUCUGAAAAUGACAAUCCUUUUCAAUGCCCUGUGCCUAUUUCGAUGGCUGUACCACCUCCUUCGGUCGAUGAACUGUUAGCCAAAUCCAAGAUAAAUGUUCCCGCGCAGUUUUAUGAGAUUGCGCUCGUGCGCCAUUUACAAUUUGUGUUAGACGUAGAGGCUGACUUCAAUUUUGAACGUGCAAAGGAAGAAAACGUGGAUCUAGAAUAUUCCUAUAUCAAAGAAGUCUACAAAUACGACCAGUAUAUCCAUCAAUCAGGUGUUGCAUUUGUUCAAAUACGGCCUGAAGGGCAAGGAUUCUAUUGGGUCAAUAAUCGUCUUUACACAAACCAUACGCCCGCUUUGAUAGCCAAUCGAAGACAACCUUCUUCUCAGCAACUUUGUCAUCCCGACGCAUUAAGAAUCAAGUUCCAAGAGCAUUGUGCAGAUGCUGAAUGGCUUACUGAGUUUUGGGAAAAGACCAAGGCGCAUUUCUUACGAGGCUUGGACCCCAAUGGUUCAGAUGCUUGGGUCUUUGAGAACUAUGGUGCUAUUGUAGAACCUACAGAAGACGAGAGUGUAUCACCAUUAGAUAUUCCCAGCCAUGGCAAUAUUGCACUUACUGUUUCGUCCGUAUCUUCAGAUAAUCAUUCGACUCAUAUUGCAAGGUCGCCUUCGAUUCAAAUUAACCGUAGUCCUUCUCUGUCUGAGUCUAUUCAUGAUCAUGCUUAGAAAGUUUAUUUCAAUGCACCAAUUUAGUAUGACUGAUUUAGUUGCAAAAUAAAAGGUUGUACAUGCUUGAACACACAGACGCACGUUUCAGAAUACAAUUUCAUUUGUUUACAACUAUUGUACUAAGCGUGGCAACACCACAUAAAUUGUUUCUAGACCGAUAUCUGUCAAAAAGAAGCACAAAUCGUAUCAUCUCUAGAGCACAUGAUAUUUUUUCUUAGGUGGCACACUUUAUGUCAUUUAAUUCC